CCGCGCUGAUCCGUGAUGACGCGCGGCGGAGGGCGGAGCGCGGCGGAGCGGACACUGCGGAUAAACAAACGCACGCAGCGGUCACGGAGUGUGCGGAGUGUGCGGGGCUCCGGGACUUCGAGACUUGUGACAGCUCCGGGACUCUGGCACCGGGAAACAAACAACAGCGGAACACCGGAGUGUCUCACCUCUACACCUGUCCCUGUGUCCUCGGAUGAAGCUUAUGUGACAGCGCGGACACAGCGGACUCGGAGCGGGAUGACGGAGCUGCGGAAGCGAGGCGCGGGCGAAGCGGUCCCGGACAGCACCGACAACCUCAGCGACAAGGAGGCGGAGGGCGUGGACACAGAGGCGGAGUGUGAGGGGGACAAAGCGGACACUCCAGACGUCCCCCCGUCCAGCGCAGACACAGACAACACUCCUGAAUGUUUCAACAAGGCUCUGGAAGGCCUGCCCCCCAGAUGGAAGAAUUACUGGAUCCGAGGAGUGCUGUCCAUAGCCAUGAUUGGGGGCUUCUUCCUCAUCAUCUACCUGGGCCCCAUCACUCUGAUUCUGGUGGUCAUGACUGUCCAGAUCAAAUGCUUCCAAGAGAUCAUCACGAUUGGAUACAGAGUGUACCGCUCAUACGACCUGCCCUGGUUUCGCACGCUCAGCUGGUACUUCCUUAUCUGUGUGAACUAUUUCUUCUACGGGGAGACUCUGGCUGACUACUUUGGGGCCCUGGUGCAGAGGGAGGAGCCUCUGACGUUCCUGUCGCGAUACCACCGCUUCAUAUCCUUCGCCCUGUACCUGGCAGGGUUCUGCAUGUUUGUGCUGAGUUUAGUGAAGACACAUUACCGCCUGCAGUUUUACAUGUUUGCUUGGACCCAUGUGACCCUGCUACUGGUAGUCACCCAGUCCCACCUGGUCAUCCAGAACCUGUUUGAGGGCAUGAUCUGGUUCAUCGUGCCCAUCUCCAUCGUGAUCUGCAAUGACAUCAUGGCUUACCUCUUCGGCUUCUUCUUCGGCAGGACUCCCCUCAUCAAGCUGUCCCCUAAGAAGACCUGGGAGGGCUUCAUCGGAGGAUUCUUCUCCACCGUCGUGUUCGGCUUCCUGCUGGCGUACCUGCUGUCUCAGUUCCAGUACUUUGUGUGUCCUGUGGGCUACAACAGUGAGAGCAACAGCUUCACUGUCGAGUGUGAGCCAUCCUCCAUCUUUGAGCUGCAGGAGUACACCCUGCCCACAGCACUGCAGAACACCCUGGGCUGGGACACGGUGCAGCUGUACCCCUUCCAGAUUCACAGUGUCUUCCUGUCGUCCUUUGCGUCUCUCAUCGGACCCUUUGGUGGAUUCUUUGCCAGUGGCUUCAAGAGAGCCUUCAAAAUCAAAGACUUUGCCAACACCAUCCCGGGACACGGGGGCAUCAUGGAUCGCUUCGACUGCCAGUACCUCAUGGCCACCUUUGUGCACGUCUACAUCGCCAGCUUCAUCCGGGGGCCCAACCCGAGCAAGGUGCUCCAACAGCUGCUCCUGCUCCAGCCAGAGCAGCAGCUCACAAUCUUCCACAACCUGCACUCCCAUCUGAGGGAGCGGGGCCUGCUGCCAGCACAGGCCUAGGCCUACCUCCACACGUCUCCUCUGGGGCAGCAUGAAGACAGGGCUGUGAAGCGCCCCCUAGCACAGAACUCUGCACACAUCACCUCCAUCCUGGCGCUAUAGCUCCACCCCAUGGCAGCCGCUCUGUGUCCAUCUGUAGGAAACUCAAUACACAGCAUGUGAACUCUGUAUAUAAGAUCAUCAUCUUAACUAAGUGAAUCUGUAGCUAGUCUCUGACAGCUGCUAAACCUGUUCAUGUACUGUUAUGCAAACUGCACAGGGAUGUAGGCGUAGCUGUAGCAUGACUUCUAGGAGCUGAUAGACUCAGACUCUAGGAUGUGUGAGGGCUGCCUGUGCUUACAAUAAGGGACUUUAUACUUGCCAGUUAUUUUGCUCCAGUAGUUGAUACCUCUCUCAUGUGGUCUGCAUGAGACUAGCAUGAGGCUAACCAUAGAUAAUAGCAGCCUGUUUUUAGAAAUCAGUGAAAACAGUGGUGCCCCUGUAGUUAGCGCCCUCUACAGGUAGAAAAACAGGAGCAUGUGGUACCCUCUGCUGCGCUCUAGUGCUCAGCCCCUGCUGCUGCCUUCUGUAUUUUAAGCAUUACAUUUUUGAAUGUAGAUUUAAUUUAAUUAUUAUUUCCUGAACUGAAUGACAUAGUUUACCUAUUUCCUGUCCACUGUUUGCAACAAUUGCUUGGGCACUGAUAAUUUAAGAGUUGAAAUAUAUUUAUCACAUGCAAAGAUCCAGAGAGUGGAUGAGCCUGAACCAAAGCACUGACUGUUCUCCUGGGAGACGCUUGUCCCCUGGGACAGCACAUGCAUGUCCUCUGGCCUCUGGACCCAGUCUUUCUAUUUAUUCUUUACUGUUUUACAGCGCCCCCUGGCUUUACUUUUCUGUAUGUUGUGUGUACUAGGCUCAUGUUUGGAGUGUGUGAGGACAGCACAUAUGCAGUAGUCUUAGUGCACAUAUUUAAUGCUUGAAGGCUCCUGACCUCACUGUAGUCCUGUGGGAUCACUGGGAACAGACUGUUUAAGGGUUUUAGACUUUCAUUUUUGCAAUGAAGAAAUAAGAAGUGUAUUUAAUGGAAUGUAAGCACACAGAGGCUUGUGUGUCUGUGGGAAUAAAGUGGAUUUCUGUA